AUGUGUUUUCCCGUGCACAUCAGAAGAAAACGAAGGCGUCGGCGCAUCCGGGACGUCGACCAGCCGUAUGUGAAGAAGCCGCCCAACGCCUUCAUGUGCUUCCUGAAGGAGCAGAGGCAACAUGUGAAGGCGCAGAUGAAUUUAAAGGACAGUGCGUCCGUCAAUACUGUCCUAGGACAUAUGUGGAAGUUGCUGACAGACGAGGGACAGGCGAAAUAUUAUAAGAUCGCUGACGCGGAGAAAAAACUCCACUCACAAUUGUAUCCCGAAUGGUCCAGCAGCGACAACUAUGGCAACAAGAGGAGAAGGCGGAGCUUCACAGCAACCACCGCUGUUACAGAUGACUCUCCAGAUGAAACUCCAACACCAAAGACCAGCGAGGAGUCUGAAAAAAUGCGUAUAGCGGACAAGGUCCUGCACAUGCUCGGGUGCGCCUAGUCCUUCGAAGUACCCCCACCCACCGCUGGUUGAGGUGCUGGUUGAGGCAGUCCUCUUGCAUCACAGUGUCCACAACAGUUCUGUAUAUAGUUAUAGAUACUGUAAAUAAGUAUUUUAACUCAACCAAGCCACUGAAUUUGGAGCGUCGGUUAAAAACUACAAUGCAGUAAUUAGAAAUAUGUUGUCAAAGACAACCACGAUGUAUUCAACCAGACAUCUGGAUUUCCCCCGUGCAUUCCAAUACGCUGGGCAAAAUAGUCAAAUGUGUGAAGAUGUUCUGCACACAUUGGGAAAAGAAGUGACUAUAAAUCCAAUGUAUCCCUGUGGGAUGCUGAAUGUUCACAAAGUGAAUGGAACUGAGUCAAGAACAGGCUUAAAAAUACCAAUCUUGUCCAACUACUGUUGGCCUGGGUGUCUUAGUGACAUGCUGUAUGUGACUUUAGUUGCAACAAUGCUGAUGGCAAAUGACACUUACUGUGUGACCUAUAAUUAAUAAAAAAUGUUAAUACAA